GUCCACGGCAACAGGAAAGCUACACCACUGGCGCGUUGGCAUGACGUAAUAUCGCCGCUUUAAAACGGUGGAGGCGAGUUCACUGGGAAACCUGGAUACCGUCUAUGAAAGCUGCAGCACCGAGGUGUAUGAUCAUCUCAUAUCCUGGACACACAAGAGUGUGAGAUGUCUGUGAGAAAGACUAGAGGUCCCUUGCAGAAUACAGUGAGAGUGACCGAUGACCUGAAAAGACAGAUUGAUGAUUUACUUCGUGAGACGAUAGAGAAAGAUGCUUUGGAACCUGCAGUUAGAAAGGACUUUUACCAGAGAAGUGUCCAGUUGAAGAAUUUGGUUGAUGCUAACAGAGAAGCCCUUCAGAAGUUGAAAAAAACUGAUGAACCAGCUCCUGUUGGAAAUUAUGACCAGCGAAAAGAAGAGGAAGACCGGAGACUGAUGCAACUUUCCCACCAGUUGCAAAAUCUUGCAAAAGCUUUAGCACAAGGAGAUGGAGAUCUGAAAGACCCAACUGGUGAUGUAGAUGAAAGUGAAGAAGAAGACGAGGAGGAUGAGGAAGAUGAUCAGGAGGAUGACAAUGAAGAUGAAGAAGAGGAGGAAGAUGAAUUAGACCAAGAUGCAAAAGAUUUUAUCACUCUGGGGGACUUCCAAGCACAGCAGAAGGAUGAUUUAACAUUUAAGAAAGGAGAAGUAUUGCAGAUUCUGGAUAAAAAAUCCGAUGGCUGGUGGUUGGCUCAGAACUUCAAGGGAACCAGGGGCCUUGUCCCAAAGACAUACUUGCAGGUGCACAGAGGAGGGAACCAGAGUACACAUCCCAGUGAGGAGGGAACUGAGGAUGAGGAAGAAGCUGCAGCAGAAGAUAAUACUGUCAGCAAGGAGAGACCUGCGGAGGACACAAUUUCCCAGUUGAGUUCUUCUAAGAAGAUCCAAGAGAUGACUACCACUGACGCACUGACUACUAUGGGCACAAUCCCUACUGGGUUCCGGGCAUCAACUCUCGCACAGCUAUUGGAUAAAGAUGAUCAACACAGAGGAAGCAGAUACCUCCAGCCUGAACUUACCACUUCACAGCUGGCUUUUAAGGAUCUGCUAUGGGGCUCGGAGAGAGGAGGUAUUCUACCUUUGCCCACUCGAGUCUCAUUGAGUUUGACCUUAUGGAGCUGCAAAAUGAUACCUCUGCCUGGGGCUACUAUUCAGGUUCUUAGCAGACAUGUGCGCCUCUGUGUAUUCGAUGGCACUAAGGUAUUAGGCAACAUUCAUACAGUAAGAGCUGCGUGGCUGCCCAAAAACUCCAAAACAUGGACAUUUUCUCCUAGGGUCACAGGUAUUCUUCCAAGUUUGCUGGAUGGUGAUUGCUUUGUGAGAUCUGGCAGUCAGUCCCCAGAAAUAGGAAUCCUGUUUGAAGUAGGAAUUACCUAUAUCCGCAAUUCAACGGGGGAGAGGGGAGAGUUAAGUUGUGGUUGGACCUUCUUGAAACUUUUUGAUGUCAAUGGAAUUCCGAUACCUUCAAAGACCUAUGAACUGACGUUAAAUGGCGGCACUCCCUAUGAACAUGGAGUAGAAGUUGAUCCAUCUAUAGCGAGACGUGCAAACACUGGCGUCUUCCACCAAUUGAUGACACAGAGAAGACAGCCCCGGCUCUUGGUGAAGCUUAGAUCUCUGAAUAGGACACGAAGAAACAUGUUAAAUCUGCUUCCAGAAACAUUGGUUGGCAGCAUGUGCCAUAUCCCCUUGUUGGUGUACUACCGGCAAAUCCUGGGUGACGUGCUCCUGAAGGAGAGAACAAGUAUGCAGAACACAGAUUUGAUUUGUAACCCUUUGCUGGCCACAUUCCCAAGACUCAUGGAGCAGCCAGAUGUCAUCGAUGCUCUGAGGAGUGGAUGGGCAGAAAAAGAGAACUCUCUAAAGAGGUCAGAGAAGCGCGAUACAGAAUUCAUGAAGAACACUUUCAUCCAAGUGUAUCAUGACACCGCUUACCCUCUUCUGGAAUCAACAUUCCUGCAGGCACCUAGAUGGGCAGAAGACGAAACAGAAGCUGCACGCUGGAAAGCAAUUGCUGAUUUCCUUAAGCACAACCGGGAGAAAGACGGAGGAACCUGUCACUUCCUGCUGUCCCCUGAUGGCCUUCACAAGCCAUUUGACAUAUCGGAAGUAACAUACGACUUUCUUGAAGCAGCGAGGACAUCUGUUACCAUAAUAUGACAAGAGCAACAAAAGAAUGAUCAGUCUGAAAUUAAUAUUAUCCCAAAUGUAAUUAUUUAUUCAUCUGAAUCACACUACAUGACUCUUUUUAUAGAACCAAUUAUUUAUAUAUUACAUGUGUGUUUUUUCUUGUAUCUUUUUAAUGGAUUAGUUGAUUACUGCAGAAAGUAAUGGAUUAUUGUUUUGUAAUUUCUUACAAGUUUAUUUAAUUACAAAUAAACCAGAAAAAUAUUUUAGUAAAUGUAA